CCGACUGAGAAUGGUGAAAUGAAUGGAUAGAUAAUUAAUUGCACUCCCUUUCGAUUCUCUAAAUCCCUAGUGUGCAUUCAAAUUCCCGCAAUGGCAAAAUUAUCCAGAACAUUUCUUUCCAGUAAUCAAAUUCCACUGAUUUACCGAGGCUUUCAAAUUUAUUCCCCCGCUUCGAGCGUAAAAAAAAUAUUGGUAAGUAAAACCCGGGGGGUUCCAAGCUCCAGUACAAACUUGAAGGAGGCUCUCAGUGAAAAGAUUCCCUUGUACUAUGACCUACUCAGAGAAUUUCGCGAGGAGCACAAUGACACCGUGAUAGGACAAAUAACAGUGAAUGAUUUAUACUCCGGAUUGUCAGGAGUCAAUACCACAGUGAGAGAGACGAGUGAGGUGCAUUCGCAAUUGGGAAUAAUGUACCGAGGAUUGACAAUGCCCCAAGUCGUUAAACUACUUCCCUUGCACGGGAACUACCCCAGUCCGGAGUCUGUCUUCUGGCUUCUGUUGACCGGAGACGUACCGACGGAAGUUCAGACGGCUUCCCUGGUGGCUGACUGGGCGGAUAGGAGAGAAAGGCACAGAUACUUUUUCAAUGAGCCACAACAUUGUCUCAGGUCUUUGCCUAAGCGCGUAGGGCCAGCAGCGAGACUCUGUGUCCUUCUAGCUGCAUUCGAGUCUGGGGAGAAGACCAUUAGAGGCCCACUGGGAGGGUCUUUCAUGAGCGGAAGAGAUUGGGAGUCUGUCUAUGAGGAUAGCAUGGACCUUCUGGCAAUUUUCCCAGCAAUUCUAGCGCUUGUAAAAAAUCCCGAGAAUUUUAAAAUCAUGAUUGAUAAUGGAGAUUGGGUUGAUUCAUUGGUGGGUUUCUGGAAAAUUUCUGGAGAAAAUUUGACGGGUGAAAAAUCGUCGGCCAAGGACCUACUCAGGCUGAUUAUGUCACUCAAUGCGGAUGAGAAUGGAGGAGUGCCAAGUUGUCACAUCAGUCAAAUACUAGGUUCUUGUCAGUAUAGUCCGAGAAAAGCACUAGCUGCCGCCUUUUUGGCACAUAUCAAUGAACCAAUGACUGGAACUCUCUCUCAAUGCAUGAACUUUCAAGAGAAAGUUCAACGUCUAUUAGGAGCCCAUCGAAAAGAAGAUGUUCUUCGGGGAAUAAUCAGAGCCUUUCAAAAAAACCUCUCGGGGCUUCCGGGCCACCGGAUAUCCGAUCACUGCGACCCCAGGUUCCUCAUCCUUCAGGAAUUCGCAAAUAAAAUCGAAGCUCCGUCAUUACAUCCAGAUGUGAAGUUAUCAAUUGACAUUUCAAAUAUUGUGCAGUCAGAAUCACAUGCUGCAACUCGACGACUGACACCUGAGAUGAAUUCUCUAGCGGCUCCCUUACUGAAGUCUCAGGGACUGUACGAUAUGGAAUAUAAUCAAACCAUCCUCUGCAUGGCACGUGCAAUGGGCUUACUGGCGUCAAUGAUCUGGAGUAGAAUUGUCAAUUUCCCAGUGGAGAACCCAAAUUCGCGAAGUAGUCACACUUAUCGGGAAACCCUCCGGAAUCGAUAAGCCGGAAUCGAAACCCUCCACAAUCAAUAUCAGCUCAAUGCGAUACUAAGUACCCAAAGAAUACAACUAUGAAAGCAUAAUAAACGUCAAUC